CCCCACAAAAACUGGAGGGUAUUUCCCUCAGGAGUGUCUCGGGAAAAAAAAAAAAGUUCUGCCUAAAAUAGCUGCUCUUCUCCAUUACCCUUGUCCAGAGCAAACUGGGGUAAGGAAAUGACUGCUAUUGCCAGUUAAUUGUGAAUGAAGGUAAUGCCCGGUGCUUUUGAAAAGGUUUUUGGUCAUCUUUCCAGUCAGACUGAAUCAAUUUCUUCAUUUUGCUCUUCAAGUAAAGCAGCUGUAGAGUAAAUUUCACCUGGGGAGGGAAUGAGCUUUCUCUUUUGCUUCUUGCCACUGAAAACAGUCACAGACAAGGCUGCCUGUUCUUCUGCAAGGAAGGCCAACAUGCAUCAAAAAGAAAGACACUGAUGCAAUAGGAAAAUAUUUAGAUGCAGUGUUCUGCUAGGAGCCUUCCUUGCACAAACAUCUUAUGAAACCUUGCAACUACUACUUUUGCCUUCAGGAAAAGGAAGUAGGAAGGAAAGGGGUGUCAACAUCUAUUUUAACCAAAAUACCAGUGAAGCCUCUGCUGACACAGACCUUGACUAAUGAUCAAACAAGAGCAGAGGAGAUUGCCCCUACUCGUUUUCCCAAAAGAGCAGAGCCUAGUUGAUCAUUGACCAAGCCAAGCUGAAUGAGCAAUCCACCACUGUUGUUAUUCUGUGUACAAUCUUCAUACUUGUAGUGGACUAACAGGAAGAUGGUUGAGGAUCGGAAGAGAAAACCCCUCUUUGUCCUCGCUGGCAUCUUGCUGCUUAGCUCGGCACAAGCAGGGAACAUACACAGAACCUCAGGGCAUCGCUGCGCUGAUUUCCAGACAGCAAAUUUCCUACAUGGCAGUAAGCUUAAUGUCCGGUUUCUUCUAUUCACCUCCUCCAGCCCUAGUUGCGGGGAGCUAAUUUUGGCUGAUGAUGGCAUCAAGAAAUCCAGCUUCAAUAGCAGCCUGGAAACGAAGAUAAUAAUCCAUGGGUUCAGAGCGUUGGGUACAAAACCUUCCUGGAUUGAAGGGCUUGUCCAUGCAAUAUUGCACAUAAGUCAGGUAAAUGUGAUUGCAGUGGACUGGGUUCAUGGGUCUACAGGAGCCUAUAACUCCGCAGUGGAAAACGUCACACAGGUGGCCCUCUUCAUCACAAGCUUCAUCAGCAAGCUCCUGGCCCUGGGAGUCUCUGCAUCAUCCAUUCACAUUAUCGGUGUGAGCCUUGGUGCACAUGUUGGGGGCCUGGUUGGGCACUUCCAUGAUGGUCAGCUGGGACGGAUAACAGGCCUGGAUCCCGCAGGCCCUAAGUACACCAGAGCCAGCCCGGAAGAACGCCUGGACCCUGGGGAUGCCCUCUUUGUGGAAGCCAUUCAUACCGAUGCUGACAAUUUUGGGAUCCGGAUCCCUGUCGGCCACAUCGAUUAUUAUGUCAAUGGAGGCAAAGAUCAGCCAGGAUGCCCCCGAUUCAUCUCUGCAGGCUACAAGUAUCUGAUCUGUGAUCACAUGAGGGCAGUACAUCUCUAUGUCAGUGCCCUGAAACAUUCCUGUCCCAUCGUGGCAUUCCCUUGCACAAGUCAUCAAGAUUUUUUGAAUGGACGAUGCGUGGACUGUGGUGAUCCCUUCCUAUUCUCCUGUCCCAGAAUAGGCCUGCUGGAACAGGCAUUUGUCAACAAGAGGAGGCUGCCUAUGGAAGUGAACGCUUAUUUAAUGACCAGUUCUUCAGUGCCAUUCUGUGUUCACCACAGCCUCAUUGAGUUCCGCUUGCAGAAGAAAAGAAAUGUAAUCACCAGCAUUGAAAUCACUUUCUUCAGCAACAGCACCAAGGACACAACAAAGAUCACCAUACCUAAGCACGAGGAGGUGGGCAGACGGCUGCUGGCCCACAGGGCUCCCCUCUGCCAGACAAACAGUGUGACACUCAAAUACCUGCCCAAGAAUCGGUUUUGGAGGAAGGAUGAGUCAGACAUUGUUGGCAAGUUCUGUUCAGCUCCCCUGCCUCUUGGUAACAACAGGACCAUGUUCUGUUUGCCCAGGAUCCUCACUCUUUAUGGCAACACAGAACUCUCUCUCCAGCUGUCUGCUCCUUGCACCUAG